AUGAAAUUAUUCAUAGAAAAUCAAUUUCCACCUCUAACAGUUGAAACUACAGUGAAAAUUCCAGUGCUUUGUGUUGAUAGAGGAAAAGUUGAUGCGAAUAAUGUGUUAGGUGUUAUAUUAAGUAUUACUGACAAUGGAUUCUGUAAAAUAGGAACUAAAAAUGGAGUUUUGUCAUCACUAUAUGGCAGAAACCAAAAAUUUCAGUGCCAGGAACAAUUAAUUACUAGCGAUGAUGUACCGAAUAUCGAAAUACCAUUGAGGACUGCUAGUAUUCAAAAUUCAUUAACUGGAGGACAAGGAUUUAUUUUUUGUUUUUGCAAAACUAAGUGUACUGCGAGAAGAUGCAAAUGUAAACAACAAAAGAUAACUCAACAUAUCUCAACAUCAAAACAUAAAUCUAACAAAGAACGAUUAGUAAAAAAACAAGUACAAUCAAAGCAGCAAUUUCUUACAUCAUCUUCAAGUAAAUGUAGUUUUAAUAUAGAAUUAUGUCGUGCAAUGAUUAAGGCAGAUAUACCUCUUGCUAAAUUAGAUAAUCCACAUUUCAAAGAAUUUUUAGAAAAAAACAUAGGUUAUAAUAAUGGUAUUUUUUUGAAUAAUUCUGAAAUAAAAUACUUUAGAAAGACUUGUAAGACGUUUUUACAGAACAUAAUUUGUCUUAUUUUACCACCAUAUAUUGAUAAAUGUAUUGAAUGUCAAGAUUACCAAAUGAAAAAUAAUUUGACUACACAUGGUUAUGAUAAUAUUACGUGUAGAUUUUAUGACUUCCGCCAAUUAAGAUUUAAAAAGUCUGGAAUAUUGACCAUUGCUGGAUAUCCAGAUCCUCAAAAAGAUAUUGAAAAUAACGAUUUGAGUAUUUGGUUACUUAGUAGCCAUUCAUCUGAUCCCAGUGAUUUUAACAUUCAAGCAUCAACAAAAAUUUUGAAAGAUAUAGGUGGUCAGUUUUGCAUGUUUGUCAAGGAUGAAAUGGAAGCAUUAUCAAAAUUGAAUUUGCCAUAUAACGGGGAACCACGGCAGAUACUAUGGAAAAAAUAUGUUAGUGGAGUUAGAGAAAUGUGUGAUGUUUGUAGAACGAUAAUAUUCAACCACCACUUUUGUUGCCGUAAAUGUGGGUUUGCGGUUUGUGUUGAUUGCUUUAAGGCCAAAUUCAAAAGAACUCUAGUGACUGAAAAACAAACCAUUGUACAAAGAAAUUUUAACAAAAAAAUUUGGUUACUUUGUUCAAACCAGAAAGAACAUCAGAUUGAAAAACUUUUCAUAACCCAAAUACUGCCUGGGAAUGCUUUAAAAAAGAUGUCAGACAUAAUGCAUGAUACAUGUCGUACUCAUAACAUACCUUUAGAUUGUAGUUGCAAUGAAACAUCGGAAAAGAUUUUUUCUCCUAACUCUACUGAUCCUGUUUUUGACAAUCUUCUUAAUAUCUUUGAACAAUUUCGCCCUAAUGAUACAAAUGAUAAUGAUGAAGACACUUCAGGAUUAAAUGCUUUAUUAAAUAAACGAUGUAAAAAGUAUUUGAAAUAUGAUUCAACUAAAGUAACUGAAGAAGUGGAAUCUGAAUAUGAAGAGAGUAAAAGUAAUCCUAGAAAUAAUGUUGAAGAUACAAUUUAUACAGUUGGACAUAUCAAAAGAAAAGAAUGGUUUUUACCCAAAUUAUCUUUGUUGUCGGAUAAUAUAACCAAUGCACCUUAUAUGUGGCUAUGUGAAGGACAUCUAUUACGUUUAUUAGAUCCAGAAAAUGACAUAAACUAUACAAUGUUUCAGGAACAAUGGACGCGUGGGCUACCUGUAUUAGUGAGUGAUGUUGGCAAUAAAUUAAACUCUUCGCUAUGGCAUCCAGAAUCAUUUUCUCGUGAUUUUGGUCAUCAAAUUCAUGACUUGAUUGACUGUACCACUAGUAAUUUUAUCUCAGACCAACCAAUGAGCAUGUUUUGGAAUGGUUUUGAAAAUUCUGCAGAAAGAUUGUGUGAUGAACAAGGCAAUAAAAUACUACUGAAACUAAAAGACUGGCCGCCAUCUGCAGAUUUUGCAGAAACAUUACCUGAUAGAUUUGAAGAUUUGAUGAAAUGCUUACCACUAAAAGAGUACACACACCGUAAUGGUAAAUACAACUUAGCUUCUCGUCUUCCAGAUUGCUAUGUUCGACCAGAUUUGGGACCAAAAAUGUAUACAGCUUAUGGUAGUGCAGGUACGAUGCACAAAAAAGUAGGCACCACAAACCUGCAUUUGGACGUAUCAGAUGCUGUCAAUGUUAUGGCUUACGUUGCAAUCACAAAGAACUGCAAAGAAUAUGAUUACGAUUGGCACGUGAGAGAAGCAUUAAAAGUGAUUGAAGAAGCCGGCUGUGAUGAUUUGACAUUAAGACGAAUGUAUGUGCAUGGAGAAAUUCCUGGCGCUCUGUGGCAUAUUUACCAAGCCUCAGAUGCUGACUCAAUUAGGGAUUUGUUAAUCAAAGUCGCAGUUGAACAAAGAACAUCUCUGGAACAAAUCACCGAUCCAAUACACGAUCAGUCCCACUAUCUAGACAAACACCUUAGGAAGCGCUUGUUUAGAGAAUACGGGAUCAAAGGAUAUGCAAUCGUUCAGUAUUAUGGUGAUGCAGUAUUCAUUCCAGCAGGAGCUCCUCACCAGGUCAGAAAUUUACACAAUUGUAUAAAAGUAGCUGAAGACUUUGUAUCGCCAGAGACCGUCCACCAUUCAUUUCGUAUGACGCAAGAGUUCCGGCAACUAACUGACAAUCAUACUAACCACGAGGACAAGUUACAGAUCAAAAAUAUUGUGUUUCAUGCAGUCAAAGACUCAAUUUCAUACCUCCCAAACACUAUAAGGCUGUUCUUACAAUGUCCGGUUGAAGUUAAUCAACACUUAACUGGCCGAAGUCUGCCUAAAGGUCAGUUAGUGCUAACGGACACUUUACUGGACAUUCGUCUCAAUCUCAUUCGUUUCAAUCAGUCGAAGUUACGAUCAGAUGAGUACAUCCACUUGCGUGACGCUAUCGCUACUGAAGGAGACGCGGCCAACAUUGGUUGUUUGACCAUUCUCUUAGUUACUCAGGUUGGAAGCCCACGCAUGAUGCAUUCAAUCGCGAAUUGCAACGGGCGCAAGACUCUGAUCAAGAUGAGCUGGCUGAAAGAGUCGAAUAAAUGUGCAAAAAAAAAGCUAAACACCAUCUUCCUCUCUUUUGUUUAA